AUGGCUUCAAGUCUCGAGACGAUCAAUCUGCCCCAUCUGCCGUCGUUGCCGGUGCAUGUGGCUGUGUAUCGAAAUGUCCAAAAUACUGCUUUUUUGAAGUCCCAACUGCUCGCCGGACAGCCAGAAUAUGAGUAUGCCUUCAUUGAUGCAAGCAUGGCUUUGUCAAGAGCCCAUGUCAUUGCGGCUGUGUUCAGAGCUCUCAAUGAUUACGCGCACAACCGACUGAAGUCUCACAAUGUGCACUCUGAGAUUGUGUUCUCGUUGAACCCUACAAACAAUAUCGCCGAAUCAUUUCGCAGAUUUGGUAUCAGUGACUCUACCCAAGAUCUGUUAGUGAUCAAGGUCUCAACCUCAUCAGAGAUAACCCAUGAGACUGUCGCCGCUCAUCUGAGCAGCGCCGUAGAGGGAACAUCUGUGUCUUUUGACGACCAGACCCUCUUUGAAUUCUCAGAUAUCAACAAGAUCAAAAAGGCAUACAAGCUUGGAGCUCUUGCUUCACCCACCAAGGCCACAGACCAAGUUGCCUCCAAGGAGAACGUGGAGACUAAGCAGCGACUUGAAAACGCUCUUCUGGGAGCAAUUGCGUUGAGGGGAUCUUGA